AUGCCUCCGCGCAAAUCCACAUCCUCGGUGACUCCCGCUGAGACGGAUGAGCCGUCGCAGCUAUCACCUCAGGCGCCGGGCACCGCCGACAAACCUGUCACCGCGACGGAGCAGCAGUUGAAGGCGCGGGCCGAGCUGGGUGUCAGCGUCGAUGACUACCUUCUGCCGCGCUCGUUGACGAUUCGUCUGGCCAAAGCGGUGCUCCCGCCCAACACUACGAUCCAGAAAGACGCCGUGCUUGCCAUCCAGAAGGCGGCUACUGUGUUCGUGUCCUACCUGUCAUCUCAUGCCAAUGAUGCGACUCUGAAACGCACCGUGGCCCCGACAGACGUCUUCAGCGCCCUUUCCGAACUCGAGUUUGAUUCGUUCCGCUCCCGGCUUGAGCAGGAGCUAGAGGCGUACACGGAGAUCAAGGCCGGCAAGCGCAAGGCGAAGAAGUCGGAUGUGCACGACGCUGCGGGAUCAGCCGCUGCGGAGGCUUCUGCACCCGCUGGGGCUCGUGAUGAAGACGAGGAUGUUGAGAUGGUGGAUAACCCGGCGAAGCGGGUGAAGCGGGAUGCAGAAGAAGGAGACGACUCGCUGGUUGGUGGACAAGCGGAUGGGGAUGAGACACAAGAAGAGGAGGUCGAGGAGGAAGAGCCGGAAGAGGAGGAGGAGGAGCAGGAAGAGGAUGAGGAGGAGGAUGAGGAGACGCAGGAACGGAGGCCGGAGGAUGAUAUUGAUCGCGUGGAGGACUUGGAUGACAUGCCGCGGCCGACGGAUCCUGAUGCGGAUGAGACGGACGAUGAUGACGACGGGCCCGCAAGUCAGUUGCGCGAUGAUUUGGGGCUUGGCUAA